AUGCGGGAUCCCUUCGAAUUUAAUUGGAAAUUAGCCACAACAUUUCAGGGAAAGUCUUUACCUGGAAAUCUCGCUAAGAAUUUAAUAAAUAUAUUACAGCAGCAUUUCGGUGUUUUCCUAAUUAAAAUUUCCAAUUUGUUGGAUAAAUGGCCGGAAGCAGGUUUCAUGUAUGACCACGUACGAGAAUUCGAAAAUCGAUUCAAUCUAAGUCAAUCCGCUAUAAUUGAUAAGAAUACAGAAUUCGAAAAUCAACCCAAUCUAAGUCAAUCCGCCAUAACUAAUGUUAAUACAGGUUGUAAUUCCAAUGCAGCAUGCGUUAAUUGCACCAUGAAGUCGAAAAUUUUCCUUGAACGGAAGAGAUCAAAAGAAUGUUUAGAAAAACAAGCAAAGAAAAUGAUGAAACUAUCAAACGAGAAGUUUUCUGAAGUGGACGUAGGUAGAACUGUACGCGUUCCUAUACCUGAUGUUGACAGGGCAAGGUGUGCUCCUCGCAGUGGAUUUUAA